ACCGCCUUCCUCUCCCGCAUAGAUUAUUUUCGAUAAAAACUCAGCAAGUAUUUCGGCAAUAUGGUGAAAUUAUAGUGUACUAUAGUUAUUAAUGUUAAGAUUUACAUUAGAAAUCUAUUUUGCUUUAAUCCUUUAUUAAUCUACAUUGAUUAAAAUACCGGACCGAGGGAAAAUUUAACGUCUAAAUACAUAAACAUUAGUUCAUAUCAACAACAUACUAGUCUAAACACGAUCGUACAAGGCACCCCGCACGGGAUACCAGUUUAUCGCAGGACAUGCAAAUACAACCACAAUUACGAGCCUGUUCCUCUAACUAUAUUUUUGAAGACUGUGGAUACAUCCGCGCAAAUGCAGGGGCGAGGUGUGAAUCGCCAGCAGUGAGAUUCGAGGCCAUGCCUGGUAAUACCCACUGAGCCACCGUACGUGCCAUCCUAUAGCGUGGACGCUUAAAAUAUCAUGAAUUACUGCAGUGUUUAAUCAGGUAGUAUUAUUAUGGUUUAUUUUACACAUAUACAUGUCUAAAAAUCUGAUGUAACUCAAACUACACAUUCCGGGGACGAUUAAGGCUCAUCAAGGCAAUUAGGGAAUCGUAUUAAGUAAUAAAAUGACCAGCCAAAUUUAGUUUCAGAGAAAAAUGUCUGCAUACGCGUAUUAGUAAACAACCGGAGAACAUUGCGGAAUAGUGAUUUAAGUCAUAUAAACUGGCUGAACCCAAUGUGGACCGCUUACACUUGUCACAUGACUGCAUUUCCCGGCGCUCUACAGCACGCAAGCGCAGAUCGUGUCGCUCUGCUGUGGUAAACAGACGUCAGAAGGGAGUCUUCGCGUCGAGUCAAAACAAAACAAAAAAAACUGAGAGGAAUGAAAAUUUUGCUAUACACUCAGGCAGUGUAACGACACUGAGUACUGAAAAGGACAGUCGUCGAAAAGAAGAGAUACGAGAGUAUCAUUUGACAACUUCUUGGAUAUUAACUCCAAAAUAGCUGGCGCCGGCUAACGUUAGCAAGCUAACAAUUUGUCACGUUGAAAGAGACGCGUUUUAGUUUUGCGUGAGAGCCCGUGAACUGAAUGAGAAGUGUCGGAGAGCAGUGGCGUGUCCUCCUGGCGUGAGAUAUUCACUGGAUGGGACUGAAAAUACGGUUGGAAGACUAGAGGAGCGCAUAGGAAGGCGCUUCUUUGCGACCUGUGCCAGCGCGAGUGACCAUCGCGUCUCCAGAAACAUGGCAGGCUGUGGCACGCGCCAGCGCGCGGCGUAGAGCGGCGUGCGGUCCCGAACCCAAACAAGGAUUUGCUUAUUUCCUUGUCUGUUAUGACCGGCAUGAACAAACUGUCCAGGAUGAUUCUGAUUUCACCGCUGCUACUGGACGAUUGAGUGAAUGUCAGUUUUAUAGUUCGCAAUUCCUAAAUGUAUGUUUAUGUAGCCACCUUAAAAUAAUUUCGCUGGUUAUUACAGUACAUUUCAUUGGACGGAGUUGGGUGAGCGAACCGAAUAAAUUUAUGGAAAUUAUUAACGCUUGGGGAACCAUUGUACCCAACGUUUACAUUUCUUAGCUAGUUUAUUAUACUUAGCUACGAGUUUUAUUAUAACGCUUUUAUUCCAACAAGUUUUUGAAGUUAAUCCACGAGUGGCAGACGCAUGGGCUAAUUGGACAACACCGGAUAAAUUGAACGUAGCAAUUUCUUUUCAUUUUUUAAUCAACAUCGUUUUCGUAUCCAUUUAGGUGAUAGUUAUUCCCUGUUUGCGGAAUGUACGAAACUUGUUUACAUCGGAGCAAAGACUGAAGGCCGUCGUUCGCGUCCCUCCUUUGUAAUAAUCAUUUAUUCUGGUCCGUGUUUCUGUCGUACUAUGUGCUCUAUAGUACAUGAACACUGGUUAUAAGCUAUUUUUUGUAUCUUGAUAUUUCGACGGUCGCAAAAACUUGACGUUGAGAAGUUAAUUUCAUCCAAAUGUAAUACAUUCUAUUAUGUUUGAGGGAUUGCUCUAAGUGUUUUAUGUAAAGUUUCUUUAUUUUGUAAGUCUUUUUGCAGAAAUAGAAAUGCGUAACCCAUUAUUAUAGUUAAAGGAUUUUCUGCUGUCUGAGCGUUUUUUCGUACUGUUAAUUACGCCUGCUCUGCUGGGGGCUGUCCAGAUGUUUUGAUGUGCAUUCCUCCUCGAAUUUCCUUUGUUCUUUUUAGAUAAACAAAAUAACCCCAGUUCCAGGCGCGUUUUAAACUGUAAAUCUGGAGGUUUUAGCUGGGUACUAUUAAGGAGAUUAUUUGGUCCUUUUAAUCUUCAAUCUGAGGAUUACCCGACGCUAUAUUGGUGUGUCCAGAUUAUUGUGAUUCUUUUCUGACCGCCACUAGCCUAUUAUUAGUAUCUAGAGCACCGGACCGCGGCGUUCGAAUAAUGGACUUGACUUUUAACUGCAAUUAAGACGGAACGAUGCGUUAUGGCCGUUUACCAGAUGGCAGUUAUCCUAGAUAUCGCCUGAGGGGAAUGUACCGGCUUAUAAGCAUGUUUUGAAACACUACCAAACAGAAAUCGCAAGUGAUUGUGAGGGCUAAAAUAAUUUAUGCGUUUUGAACGCUACUUUUGUCAUUGGAUGGUUUUUAAGUUUAAUUAAUAAAUAUAUAACGUUUUGUUGGAAACGUAAAACGAAAUAUUUUACUUUUGCUGAAGAAACUUAUCAAAGAAUCAAAGAGAAGUUGAAGAUGGAAGAAGAAAAGGCACCCCCUAUAGACCCGGACUUUGCUCCUCAGACCCGACCGAGGUCUUGCACAUGGCCGCUGCCUAGACCCGAUAUUUCGACUGUCAAACAGGAGGGGGCGGACAGUACGGACUCGACUGGUACUCCACCAGCAGAAGAAGAUAAACAGGAACCUCCGCCAAUCACAUCAGAGCCUGAGAAAGCUGCCGUUUCAGAGGGCGGGGCUUCUGCUGGUGUGGGCGGGGCCACUCCGCGAAAGGGAUCCUCCCGGCGAAAUGCCUGGGGGAACCAGUCCUAUGCAGACUUAAUCAGUCAGGCCAUUGAGAACUCACCUGAGAAGCGCCUCACUUUGGCACAAAUAUAUGACUGGAUGGUCAAAACUGUGCCCUACUUCAAAGAUAAAGGGGACAGCAACAGUUCAGCCGGGUGGAAGAACUCCAUUCGUCACAACCUGUCCCUCCACAACAAGUUCCUGCGGGUGCACAACGAGUCGACUGGAAAGAGCUCAUGGUGGAUGCUGAACCCCGAGGGGGGAAAGACCGGGAAGGCCCCCCGCCGGCGUGCCGCUUCUAUGGACAACAGCAAACUGCUAAAGAGUCGCAUGCGUGCCAAGCAGACGAAGAAGCAGGCAGGGGCGGCGGGGGGUCCUGGAAUGGGUGGUGGAGCCCUGCCAGGCGAAGGGGGUGCAGGGCCAGGAGGGGCAGACAGCCCUGGAUCCUCCCAGCCAUAUCCCAAGUGGGGGGUAAACAGCAGUAGCCCCUCAUCACGUGGCAGCCUGGAUGAUCCAGAUAUGUGGACCAGCUUUCGGCCACGGAGCAGCUCCAACGCCAGCACGCUGAGCGGCCGUCUGUCACCCAUUGCCCCAGGCAAGGAGGACGAGGACGACCUUCCGGAAGAUGGACUUCUGGGGGGCUAUUCUGCAGGCAGUGUGCCCUCCACCCUCACAGAGACCCUCCUGGAGGAGCUGGACCUGAUCGAUGGGUUAACACUGAUGACUGCACAGCAGGGCGGGGCCAGCCCCAGCACAGCGCCCCCAGCACCACCCACCCCGCUGCCCUCUGCCACCACCUUGCUAGCCCGUAGUCCUGGCUUUAGUACCUACCGGCCCUUGCAGACCUCCCAAGCUCCCCAGGUCAGUGCAGCCUCCCCUCAGGGUGGGGCACAGGUGCCUGUCCAGCAAGCACCUCCCUCCAAAUCCACUCCUGCCACCUCCAACUUUGGCAAUUCCCUGUUCAACCCAAUGCCAAGCCCAGGGACUCAAGCCGGCCACUUUGGUGUGCAUGUGCCCUCGAGCCUGGAGGCUCUGCUGACUUCUGACUCCCCACCGCCAAGCGACGUCAUGAUGACCCAGGUGGACCCGCUGAUGCCGGGCCAGGGCGGGGCUGGGUUGCUGGGCCUGGGGCCAAACCUGGGGCCUGGAGCUCAGGGCAGCCAGCUCUUCCUUGGGAAAACCCUCCAACAGAGCCCAGUGGCAGCCAUGACUCAGCAGCAGCAGACCCAGCUGGGAUUAAGCAUGCUGCACCCUAGCAUGAGCCAAGAUCCCCCUCAGCUUACCCAGGGCCCUCCCCCUUUUGACACCGAUAACAGGGGUGUCCAGGGAAUGGGUCCAUUUGGGGGCCAGGGCUCCUUUCUGCCAAGCCAUGACCGGCUGCCCACCGACCUCGACAUUGACAUGUUCACAGAGAGCCUUGACUGCGAUGUGGAUUACAUCAUCAACAGCGACCUCAUGGAUGGAGAGGGCAUCGACUUCAACUUCGACCCCAUACCAACUCCAGGGCAGACAUACUCAGGCCCGGCCACGACACAGGGCUCCUCCCACAACUGGGUGCCCAGCUAAGUUUCCAGUGGCACUUGCAGCUGAUGCAGGAUGGAGCUCCUCGUGAAAAGUGACCUGGCCCUAUGAUGGAAGAGGCGGCUGGGCGCUAAAAUGGAUUCAUCUGUCCACUCCUCCCACCUACCCCCGUUACUGCCAUCGUACCUCUGACUCAAGCUCUACCGUUUUUACAAGGCUGAAAGCAAGACACAGUACUUGGACUCGGCCAAUUCCUUUAACGAUAAUAUUUUGUAUAGUUUUGUCCCCUUAUGUUUCAUUACUAUUAUUAGCAGGAUUAAAUCAGACCUCACCUCAUGUCAUGUGCCAAUUGGAAUAUGUUACUCCCAGGAAAGGGAGGACUUUGAAGACCUAAGCAGGAAUACUUUUUUUUUUUCUCAUGAAUCAUUUUAAUGGAUUGCUUUUUCCCCUUACCUGUGUUAUUUUGAAGUGUGGGGUGUUUUUCUUUUCCAGUUUACUGAGAUGAUUAAGGGUAAGAGAAGGAAAAAACAUGGUGUAACAUUGGAGCACAUGCAACAGUGGUGCUUUUAUUAUUUUAUUGUUGUAGUGGUGAUAGGAAUAUGGAUCAUGACAUACUUGACCUGCCUUUCACUCUUAUUCUGAUGGAAAAACAAACAGUACAGCGAAAAUCAACAAACGAAUGAGAACAAAACAUACGGCCAGUAACUUCUCCAAAAAGUAAGACUGCCCCUGUUAGCAGUUCCAGGACACUUUCAAUUUUUGCGGUUUUGGAGUCCCCAGUCCGGGAUGCAGCGUGGGGAGGCUCAGAGGUUCCAGGCAGUUGUGUGUCGGCCUUCACACCAGAGCCCGGUGCCCUGCGGUAGCAGCAAUGAGGAAGAAGACACCUGGAAAUGGUGUCUGCUAGGAGCUUGGGGAGCAGAUAUUGACUGGAAGAGUUCAGCAUGGGUUGGGAUUUCAAUACUUUUGUGGGUACAGGAAGUU